GUCUGCAGCAGCUGUCCUCUGGCAUGUGAGGGGGAGCGUCCCAGUCGUGAUACACGGGUCAGAAGUGAGCUUCGUGCAGUUUGAUCCAGGAAGGUUUUAUCUUCACCUCGUCCAACCUGUCCAGGACUUGGGGCCCCACCAUGGCGGAUCAGUACCAGUACAACACCAACGAGGAGAAGAUUGUGAAGGACAGCCACACUAAAGAGAUCGAUCUAAUUAACAGAGACCCCAAGCAGAUCAAUGAGGACGUGGUGAAGGUGGAGUUUGAGGAUGUCAUUGCAGAGCCUGAUGGUACGCACAGCCUGGACGGAGUGUGGAAGCUCAGCUACACCACCUUCACUGUGUCCAAAUACUGGUGCUACCGCAUCCUGUCUGCUGUCUUCGGUAUCCCCGUGGCUCUGCUCUGGGGCUUUUUGUUUGCCUGCAUCUCCUUCUGCCACAUCUGGGCUGUGGUUCCCUGCAUCAAGAGCUGUCUGAUUGAGUCACAGUGCAUCAGUCGCAUCUACUCCCUCUGCAUCCAGACCUUCUGUGAUCCAUUCUUUGAAGCCCUGGGCAAGAUUUUCAGCAGCGUGCGUGUGGCGCUGCGCAAAGAAGUUUAAAAACUCAGGAAGUAGUGUUUAUAGCGUGAUCGGAUGACGUACGGUAUCUUUUUAUAUAUCAGAAGAUCAGUCCUGGCAUCUUACUUACUCCCUGAUACUCCUCCUCCUACACUGUCCCCACCCUCCCAACCUCAGACUCAGGGAUCUGAGUCCUGACAUGCCCAGUGUGCCUUUUGCAACCAGAAGUUGUGUGACAGCUGCAGCAGGCAGCGAGGUUCUGUGACAGCUCUGGCACUCCUGGAAGCCUCAGUGCUCCUGGCUGAGGGAGAAGAGGGCCGCCUGCUUGGAUCCCACCUCCCUCAUUUAUUUGUAUCACAAAAAGCUCAGGCAAUGGCGAUUUGUUAUCGGCAAAUGAAAUCAACUCCCCUGCUGCACCUGUGAACGAUGCUGCCUGUAUGAUUUACAUUUGGCUAUUCUUUAAAGUUAAACUGAUGCUGCAUGUUGCCACGCCUAGUAUUGUUGUACUUCACAUGGAUAUAAUUUGUGUAAUUAUUUGAAUUAAUCUUGUUAUAAAACCCUAACAGAAUGAAGAGAAUUUAAAGCAAAGUAACUAUUUUCUCCAGCGUUGUCUGAUUUCUUUAUGUGCUCCACAUGUCCCUCUUAAUUUGUGAUGACUACAGAAACUAGCUGACUGUUAUAAGAAUUGCAGAUGUGCUUGUCUGGAACCAGUUAUGCAGAUAAUUAAGUUCUUUUUAUCAAAAUGUGAUGAGUGGAAUAAUGAACAUAUUUGUUUGCAUAUUUUAGUCAGAUAUGUGUAAGCAAGUAUGGACAAAACCCCUGAUGGAGUAAAGCAAAAAUUUUCUGGGAAAUCAGUUAUAUGUCAUUUUUCACAGUGUUACUUGGGUUGAAAAGUAUAAUACAUUUGCUGCUGCUAUUGUGUACCUGCAGUGUAAAGAGAAAAAUAAUAUAUAGGAAGAAAUGAAUACACUUUAAAACUUAAGAAACUGUCUUUUUUUUGUAUAAUGCACCACUAGUAAAUUGUGUAAUUGAAAGUGUAUGAUGUUGAUUGUUUAAAAAUCAUUCUAAAAGGCUUCAGAAAUCAUUUACACCACACAUCUGAUGCAGUGUUUUUGAAACCUUCAUCCAUCCUGGAAGCAGCGACCUGUGAACUGUGACCCACUAGAGGUUGCUGUUGUGUAUCUUCCAUGUGUCUGAGGUCCAUUCUGGAUGAUUCACUGUCACCACACCCUCCGUUGUUUAUGAUACACUCUGGCUGCUGUUUUUCUAAUCUUGUAAUCAGCUACAAACUCUAGAAACACACAGAGUUUACAUGUUCAGAAAUAGCACUGAUUAAUGAAAUGUAUUAAACUGUGUAAUUAAUGAA